AUACUUGUUUGGCACACGAGAACGGAGAAACCUGUCCUUGUAAACGAGGGGAAAAAAGGCUUCACAGACCCCAAUGUGGAGAUUUGACCAUUUCCCC